AUGGAUAACCUCGACGUGAUGCAAGUGCCGAUAAUUUCACUCCUGUCGUCAAGUAGCAAUAACACAUCAUCUGGACAGUCCGCCUUGCCCAAGACGAUAAACAAAAUCGUCAGGAAGAAAUUAUAUAAACGGACUACAACACGGGCGUCGCCAAACUCCUCGAGCCUCCGUCGGUCAAGCUCCAGCAAACCAUCACCUCCUCGCAGAAGCCGACGACAUAGAUGGAGAUCACUAUAUUAUAAAGACGGUGCUAGAUCAUCACUCAGAGGUAUAUUUAGUAGAAGAAAUUCCCGCAAGGCCUCCUCUAGCACAGAUACGACGCCAUCGUCGACAAGGUCGUCUUUGGUAGACAAAGCCAAUGGAUCUACAAGUCCGAAUUCUUCGACUCGCGUGCAAUUCUCAACACCCAACGGAGGAUCGCCAAAUACUCCUCAAUCCGCGCAAAAUAUGACCAUAAUCGAAAGCGACGACGAUCAUGAUGAUGAAAGUCCUGACCCGAUCCGCGACUCCCCAUCAUAUGGACGACAAUCCAACCGGAGAGAUGUAAGCUUCGGUACAACAAUACCGGCAUCAUCACCAUCUUCAUUAUACCCCGAACUACCAACAGAAACACCAACAAACUUUGUGCCCUACCACCCGAAAACACGGGACGACACAACCACCGAUGACAGAUUGAUCCAUAAACUACGAAAAGGGCCAAAGGGUGAGGUUCGCAACGGCAAAUUAGCCCACGUCUAUACAGCUUCCAUGGAAGGCGAAACUGGCUACGUGAAGAUUGGAUGGGCGGAGGAUAUUGAGAAACGCAUCGCCGAAUUGAACUCGCCGAGACAGCGUGGGACAAUCCAUAACGAAGCGGACACCACCCCCGGCGCGCAAAGCAAAUUCAUGAACGCCUUUUACGCCGAGCAGAUUAUACACCUGGAGCUGUAUAAUUCUCGGCGCUUAGCGGUUGAGCGGAAUGAAACGGAAUGGUUUGAAAUCCCCACGAAAGAAGCACAUGAAGUCUGCCGGAAGUGGCGAGAUUGGUUUAUUCUGUGUGAGCCCUAUGACGACAAGCAGCAGCUCAAGGAAUUCUGGAGGCAACGCAUGGAUCGAAUGUCGACUCGUGAUCCUUAUAAUCCCAACAAACACGCGCGUCUUCAUGAGCGAUGGACUACAUUCCUAAAUCCGAGUUGGUGGGAUAAGACGUCGUAUCAGAUUCAAGUCACUUGGCGGACCAUUUGUAGCUGGUGGGUGUGGAUAAGCCAGAAUUAUCCCAUAAUCCUUACUCUUAUUGGGAUCAUUUUCUGGUCUUCGUAUGGUGUUGUUUCUUUCUUGUUAUGCAUAUCUGGUGUAUUGGUCAUGUGGGCUGGGCUGUCAAGGGUAACGAAUGAAGAAGGCAGGAGUUAA